GAGUCUGAUGCAGAAGCAGAGUGUGAGCAGUCAGUCACAGAGCUGAAGGAAAUGCAGCAGCGUAGGCAGGAGGAGCUGGAGAGGAAGAUGAUGGGCGAUGGCUCGGAUGAAGAGCUUGAACCAGAUGAAAUCCCGAAAAGCUGGGCAAGGAAGCAGCACCGAGGAUGCAGGAUGUACCUGGGGAAUAGCUGAUGAAGUACAAGAGGAAGAUGAUGAAAAUGAAGAGAACCCUUUUGCUACAGGAUUUCAAGAAGACACUGAAGCCUUCUACAUUAAAGACCCCAAAAAAGCUCUACAGGGGUUCUUUGACAGGGAAGGAGAGGAGCUGGAGUACGAGUUUGAUGAUAAAGGUCGGGCAACUUGGAUUUGCAGAGCCAGACUGCCAGCAGACGAUGCCUCAGGCAGGCAGCUUGUGGCAGAAGUGACUCACACUGGCAAGAAGAAGGAGGCCGCCAUCCAGUGUGCGUUGGAGGCCUGCCGGAUGUUGGAUGCCAGAGGCCUUCUGAGGCAAGAAGCAGUUUCACGCAAGCGAAGGAAGAAAAACUGGGAGGAUGAGGACUUCUAUGACAGUGACGAUGACACUUUUCUCGACCGCACUGGAGCCAUCGAAAAAAAGAGACAGGACCGCAUGAGGAAGGCAGGAAAGAUUCAAGAGAAGCCGGACACCUUUGAUUCCCUGGUUGUCAAACUGCAGGAAGUGGAAAAGGAGCUGGCUGAAACGGAGCAGAAGCUGAAUUUGGGAAAAGGUGACUGUCAGCCAUCGGCAGAUGAUCCUUUAGAUGCCUUCAUGAAGGAGGUCCGGACAGGUGGAACUCUUGACAGCAUUACUCGUAAGAAACUGCAUUUGCGUGCCAGCGAGCUCAAGAAAGAAGGGCAGCAUUUGAGGAAAUUGGUGGAGAUUGCCCGUCCAGCUCAGAUGCCAGAGCUUGAAACUCCAUCCACAAGUGAAGCAAAGUCCCAGGAGAAGCCCAAAAAGCUGUCCCUGCCCAUGUUUGGGGCGAUGAAAGGUGGAAGCAAAUUUAAGCUGAAGACUGGAACUAUUGGAUGCCUGCCUCCAAAACGUCCCAAUUUACCUGCCAGUUUGUUCAGCUCAAAGGUGGAGGUGGAAGAGGAGGAGGAAGAAGAAGAGGAAGAGGAGGAGGAGGAAGCGCAUGCACAUACUGGGGCAUCUACUGCACAAAAGACCAGCAAGGGAAAUCCUCUUGAGCCGGCUAAUGUGUACCCCGCUGCUUCAGAAGACCCACUUGCUGAUAAUGAAGCUGAUGUCAGAGAGGCCGAGCCAGGCAGGUCUAGAGAGGAUGAGGAUGUUCCUGAACGUUUAGCACUUGCCGCUGCUUCCAAUGUCUCUGUGAGACCCAAGGAAGUUGAAACUGAGAAGGCAGCGGGGUCUUCUGUGAAAAGGAAGAAGCCUUAUGGUCCAAGCCGACCCCCUGCAGCGGUCCUCUCUGCACAGUACCCUUCUGAUGACCCCGACUACUGUGUCUGGAUGCCCCCCAAAGGUCAGAGUGGCGAUGGCCGGACACAUCUCAAUGACAAGUAUGGCUACUAGGGUGACCUGCGUGAUGAUGAGGACGAUGAUAAAGAGCAAUGCUGGCAGAUGACGGAGCUGCUGUCUUCUUUUUGGGUGAUCUAGUUGGCUGGCUAAAUGGGAAGCUUACCAAAGAGAUCCUGAGGACGGCCUGGCAAUUGACAGGAAGCCAUAGUGCUGAUCGAUGGGUUUGUUUUCACAAUUUGUUCCAGGUCAGAGUGGGCCGGUGGUCUUUUCCCACCACAGCUACAGGUUUGACCCCAUUUAGGGCGAUUAACUUUAGCAAAGCGAAAUGGAAGGCUAAGCUAAGCCGCAUCAUUUCUUCUGUACUAUAAUGGAGGGGGCGCCACUUUGCUUUUCCUUUUAUAUUUAAACUCCGAGUGUCUGCCGUUCAGAUGUUCUCCUUGUCUCCAGCUCGUUAUUCACUUAGAGGGUCACUGCAGGGUCCGACAUGAGCGACGCCGGCCACUCAUUUUCAAGUCUGUUACCGUCAGGAGAGAGUCAUUAGUGGGCCGUAGCGGCUCUCCGGGGGGCAACCUGAUCUUGUGUCUGUAGGCUGCCCCCUUUGGGCCGGCAUUGACAUAACAGUCGGAAAUUAAGUUGAGAGGGAGACGCAAAUCCAGUUGCAGCAUAAAAACUGGGAGGACAGCAAAAUCCACACCGUCAGUCUCUUUAUGUAAAUCUUUUUUUUUUUAAUUAAUUUUGUAAAAAUGUUUAAUAAAUUACAAUUCUGUAAACGAGAAAACCCCUUUAACUUCAAA